GUAAUUGAAACCAACCCUAAGCUCAUUUUAUCUCCACUCUAAAGGUAGCCCCGAUUAUUGCUGACUUAAGCAUCGGAAUGUCUACCCCGAGGACCCACCUCGGGGUUUUGCAGGUUCAUCCGAAAUGAAGACGUGAACUGAAGAAGGACUUCUGGUUUGGUGCAAUUACAUUCAGCUACCAUGGAGGGUUUGAUUCUAAGGAAACAUAGAGAAAUUGAAGAAAUUUGAGGUUUUUAUAAUGGGGAAGUUGCAGGGGAAGAAAUUGAUGAAGGUCAAAGCUUUAUGAUGAUGUGGCACGGGUGGGUUCCACCAUGCCCGAUUGGAAAAAAAAAUAAUCAAAAAAUAUUUCGAACGUCUAACUGUCUCCCUUUUAACGGUGAACAAACAGUCGUUACCCUAAAAAUGGAGGGAGGGACGACUGUGAGGACGAGUACUGGACGAGUAUUGAAGAUAAGAAGUACAAUCACUAGGCAUAGGGUCCCAGACAUUCUUAGAUGGCUAGAUCCAACAGCUGGGAUAAAAGCUGCACCACCUAUCACAUUAGAGGAGAGUGCAGAGUGCAGACUACUUCAAAAUUUUUGCCCUUUUUGCUGAAAAAAAAGAAGGUAAGAGAGCCAGCCCAAUGUAGUGAGCUUGUGUUAUUUUUUAUCAUUUGGCCUCUAAAGAGGCUGUUGAAAAGUCAUUAUCGUGGACGUUUGGACCACAAGUGACAUAGGAUCCCGGAUAUUUAUAUUUGUA